AUGUGUCGCGACUGGGCAGCACAGGUAGUAGGUGGAACACACGUACAUGUACGGAUAUGUACUAUGCAGCACGAAAGUGCCAGACAUCCGUCUCUCGAGUCUACGUUGUACAUCGUAGAGACACCGUCCACGAUCCUGAUCCAUGAUCGUCAAUGCCCUUGCGCUAAUCUCAAUCAAAGACGCAAGCAUGCAAGCCCGUCCGGCCUGCAGAACGUUAUUAGCUCUUGA